AGUUGCCCCGGUGAGGACGAGGAGCCAUAGUCACGGUAGUCGUGGCGACAAGAGCCAAGCAACGGGAAUCAAUUAACAACAACAACAACAACAACAAAGCUAAUAAGAGGAAAAGUAAACAAAGUCAGAAGGAGAAGAUAAAGGUCUCAUGGCCACUUCGGGUUACGUGGAGGAGCUGCAGCCGUCCUCCCAGGCUCAAGGGGGCGGCGUGACCGCGGGGAAAGGAGGCCAGCAGAAAGCCGCCCCGCCCGCCGCCGCCGCCUCCUUCCUCCCGGAGAUCCGGGGCUCGUCCGGCUCGUCUCCGUCUCGGACGGGCGUGUCCUCCAAGGCCGCGCAGACGGCCGGCAAGAAGACCGUCCUGGCGACGCUUCCUCAGGUUACCACGGCGGCGGGGCAGUACGGCGCGGAGAUCCGGAGCUCCGCCUCCCAGUCCGGAAACGGCCAGAGCGCCGGGCAGUACGUCGUGGCCGCCGCGCACAGCGAAGGAUCCAUCCAUUCCAACGACUCCAUCUCGGACUCCAGUCCACCUCCCGCCGUCCAGACCGGCGUCCCCACGCACGUGGUGCAACAGGUGCAGAGCGCGCAGCAGAGGUCAGUAGUACAGAGCACCACCAAGAGCCAGAGUGGACAGCUGGGAGUCAGCGGCCUGCACAUCACACCGGAGAUCUCUCAAGUUGGCCAGCAUGUCUACUCCAACCAGUAUGUGGACGGAGACAGCAGCUACGACAGCACACCCAUUCGUUCCGGUAGCUACACGUACCCAGAAUCCUCCCUGUACAGCCAGGCCACGCCCUCCAGCCAGUACUACAGUGACCCGCCCGCGUCCGGAUCUCAGGUCUCCACCCCGGUGACCUCGCAGCCCGUGAGUGCGGGAUUCUCGGGCGGAGGAGGAGGCUCGGGGGUCUCAGCGACGGCAGGAGGGUCUUCGUCCGCAGGGGGCGGGGCCAGCGGGGGAGGGACGGGAAGUUACGCCAUCCCGCCCGGGUACAUGCUGGGAGGAGCGAGUCAGAACUAUUCUCACCCGCCCCGAGCGUCACCCGCCACGUUGCAGUGGCUGUGUGAGAACUACGAGACGUCGGAGGGCGUGAGUCUGCCCCGCUGCACCCUGUACUGUCACUACCUGCUGCACUGCCAGGAGGCCAAACUGGAGCCCGUCAACGCCGCCUCGUUCGGCAAGCUCAUCCGCUCGGUGUUCAUGGGUCUGCGCACCAGACGCCUCGGCACCAGAGGGAACUCGAAGUACCACUACUACGGCCUUCGGAUCAAGGCCAGCUCCCCUCUGCUCCGGCUCAUGGAGGAUCAGCAGCACCUGGCCAUGAGGCAACAGCCCUUCUCCCAAAAGCACAGGAUCCGACCGGUGCAGAAGUUCGAGGGAAUGACCAACGGGAUGGGCAUAGGGGUGGGACAGGGAGCAGGACCGGGGGCGGGGAUGCCCGACAUCAGCUCCCAAGUUCAUCAGUACCAGCAGUUUUUGGACACGUCUCACUCUCUGCCCGAGUUCCCGGAGAUCGACCUGCAGGGUAAAGCUCUGCCCGACGGGAUCCUUCUGGAAGACAUCCGGGCCUUCAGGCAGCUCUACCGGGAACACUGUGAGGCUAUAGUGGACGUCAUGGUGAACCUGCAGUUUCCUCUGGUGGAGACCCUGUGGAAGAGCUUCUGGAGACUCGGCGAGGGCCCGACCGGCGACAUGAACCCGCUCGACCUGAACGCCGAAUCCGAGAAGCGCCUCCCCAAAGCCUGUCUGGUGCAGCUGUGCAAGUACGAGCCGGUUCUGCACUGGAGCCGCAACUGCGACAACACGCUGUACCAGAGCCUGGUGGAGAUCCUGAUCCCGGACGUGCUCACACCCAUACCCAGUGCCUUAACCCAAGCCAUCCGCAACUGUGCCAAGAGUUUAGAGAGCUGGCUGACCAGCGCCAUGAUGAACAUACCGGAGGAGAUGGUCCGCGUGAAGGUGGUGUGUGCAGGUGCGUUUGCGCAGACGUUGCGCAGGUACACGUCUCUGAAUCACCUGGCUCAGGCUGCUCGCGCCGUCCUGCAGAACUCAGCUCAGAUCACACAGAUGCUCAGUGACCUCAACCGAGUGGACUUCAACAACGUCCAGGAGCAGGCCUCCUGGGUGUGUGCCUGUGAGGAGAGGACAGUACAGAGGAUCGAGCAGGACUUUAAGACGACCCUGCAGCAGCAGAAGUCCCUGGAGCAGUGGGCCGCGUGGCUGGACGACGUCGUCACCCACGUCCUCAAGCCCUACACGUCCAGUCCGUCCUUCACCAAGGCUGCCAAACACUUCCUGCUCAAGUGGAGCUUCUACAGCUCCAUGGUGAUCAGGGAUCUGACUCUGCGCAGCGCGGCCAGUUUCGGAUCCUUCCACCUGAUCAGGCUUCUCUACGACGAGUACAUGUACUACCUGGUGGAGCACAGAGUCGCCAAGGCUAGAGGAGAAACGGCCAUCGCAGUGAUGGGAGAGUUUUCCAACAUCGGCCGAAACAGCCUGGCGGAUACGGAGAAAGACGAGGAGGAAGAGGAGGACGACGAGAGCGACGAGGAUCAGAUGUCGGUCCUGGCCGAGUCCAGCGGCGUGGGGGAGGAGCCUCUCGAACCGCCGGCCAAACUGGCCCGAACGGAGCUGUUGAACAGCGCGCACGACUAACACACACACACACACACACACACACACACACACACACACACACACACACUGUACACUUCCAAUCUCAGCGGCGCUGCCGACCUGGCGGGGCGUCCACACAGACACGAAAGGCUCGGACACUGGGCGCGAUCACGUCCGUGUGGACGCCCGGUCGGUCGAUAGCACCGCUGAGAUUCGAACCUGGUUCAGCCUCAGGUCUGAUGUAUGUAAACUUAUAACUUCAGCUGCACACACACACACACACUAUAUGGUCAAAAGUAUUGGGACACCUGAGCAUCAGCUUGUUGGACAUUCUUUCUUUCUUUCUACAAGACCUCGGAGUGCGUCGGUGGGGAUUAGAAGGCGUGUCCACAUACUUUUGGCCGUAGGUGAUGUCUCGAAUGUCUCGUGCCACGCAGGUUUGCCUUAUUCUUUAGCAGAGUUCUAUAUUCUAUUACCUCUAUAUAAAAGAUGAAUCUUUA